GCCUCCGAAGAGCUGCUCAAGCAACAUUACAUUGACCUGAAAGACCGACCAUUCUACCCUGGUUUGGUGAAAUACAUGAACUCCGGGCCUGUUGUGGCCAUGGUAUGGGAAGGACUCAACGUGGUUAAAACCGGGAGAGUAAUGCUCGGGGAGACAAACCCUGCAGACUCUAAGCCUGGCACCAUCCGUGGUGACUUCUGCAUUCAAGUGGGAAGAAACAUCAUUCACGGCAGCGACUCUGUAGAAAGUGCGCAGAAGGAGAUCAACCUGUGGUUCAAACCCACAGAACUCAUCGAGUACAAAUCUUGUGCACAUGACUGGAUCUAUGAGUGAAAGGAGUUGCCACAAGGAAUUGUGCCUUCUUAACGUGUCAUCUCAUUCCAGCUGUUAACCUGGGAGCAAUUAUCACCACGGUUAUCUUAGUUUCGGAACUGUCAAAUAAAUGGAUAUGAA